CUUAGAUUACUGCACACUUGUGGUUAAUAAAGAAAAAGAAAAAAAAAUUUAAUGAUGACAAAAACUCUUGAUGAGUGUAGUUGGUAGUGUCUGAUGACUUCAGACAACACAGCAGCAGCAGCAGCUCCAAAGAUGCCUAAAUUCUGUUAAACAAUGGAAGAAAUUUAUCAAUCGUAUACAGCAAAUGCUUCUGCAAAAUUAAAUAUUGCUGAGUAUUUUAGUCAAUAUCAAGGUGCUAAUGAACAAUUACGCACGACUAUACCUAUGAGUAAAGAAGAAUUAGCCGAAUUGUAUGAAAGUAUCAGUAUUGAUCAACUGGGGAUUGAGGAGGAAUCAGCGGUUACUGGACACCGACGAGUGACACCGAAGCGCGAAGCCAAGAAAAUAACAAAUGACACAAAUUUACAAACACUAGCCAAAUUAAAAGAGAAGUACAUGGAUUAUUUACCAAAAGUAUUCAGACCCUCAUUGAAAUAUCAAAGUGAGAUAAUAGUUAACCACAACGAUCCGAUAACGACUGGUCCUAAAGCAGUACCUGGUAAAGAUUUGAUUAUAUUUUUACGAGUAUACGAUCCAUUUGAUUAUUUUAAAAAAGAUCAUCCUCAAAGACGUCAUCGGAUAUCGUUGAUGCACGUGAUAGGAGUACUGGGUUGUCAAACGCUGGCUGAUUUGCGUGAUAAAAUUCACUGUAUAUCCGAUACCUCUGUUACAUUAGAAAGUAGUAAUAAUCCUCAUGAGUAUACCGAACUAUCAAACAAAGAAUUAUAUAAAUCAUCAUUUUUUUACAUUGAAAACAAGUUUUAUAACGACAUGAGAGAUCCGCAAAACCAGGACAAUAGUUUACCGAUACGCGAGUGGGCUGAGAAACGUAACUUGGGGCCAUUCGAAACAGCAAAAAUGGAAGACGUCAGAAUAGAUUCACUAGUUGUUAAAUUUGGAUACCCUUGGGUAUACCAACAUCAAGGAAACUGCGAGCAUUUGAUUGUUUUCAGUGACGCGAGAUUCGUAGCACGUGAUGACGACUUGGCAAUUGCUAAUUAUCCAAGAGUUUAUCGGGCUAAACCAUCUAAGCAACCUUCAUGUAUGAUCUGCGAACGAAUUGUCCAGUGGAUAACAUUCGACAGUGAUCGAGUACCUCAUGAUUCAUUUUUCUUUUGUGAUAAAUGUUUUUUGUCAUUUAAUUACAAAGACGAUAAAAAAAUAGGUAACUUUAAGGCCUAUCGUUAUCCUUAUGAUACUGAAUUAAUGAAAAAAGUUCAUGAUUGCUUAAAAGAAAAUAAAUAAAUAAAUAAAUAAUAAUUAAGUAUUUUUAAAUUAAA